AUCACCGUGCGCUGCCACGUCUGCUCAGCUCCGCGGUAAUGGAGGCUGAGGAUGAGUGCUGACGGGGCUGGGUUCUGGUUCUAGCUUUAGCUCUGCCACUGACUCGGGGUCUAGGUCUGGGUCUGGGUCUAGCGGCCUGAAACCUGGACGCCCUGCUUCAACCCUCCAGGCGGGGACAGCCUGCAUGCAGGCAGCUGGUUUGGAGAGCUUUAACGCCGGGAGCUAGUUAUCUUGCCUGGGGUCCAGUCUUUAAAGCCACCUCCUCCUCCCAGGGAUCCCGCCCCACUGGCCGGGCCUCCUCCAUGCAGUUGAAACAGGUUGACAACCAUUAACGUGGGUUGCAACUACAGGUGGCACUGGAAGCAGACUGGUUCCCGGACAUGCCCGGUGGAAGGAGGGGCCCUAGUCGGCAGCAGCUAAGCCGUUCAGCUUUACCUUCUUUACAGACUUUGGUUGGUGGGGGCUGUGGCAAUGGAACAGGCUUGAGAAACAGGAAUGGUAGCACUAUUGGCCUUCCAGUUCCACCUAUCACAGCCUUAAUCACCCCAGGUCCUGUGCGUCAUUGCCAAAUUCCUGACUUGCCUGUGGAUGGGAGCCUGCUUUUUGAAUUUCUUUUCUUCAUCUACCUUUUGGUUGCUCUGUUCAUUCAGUACAUCAACAUCUAUAAAACCGUGUGGUGGUAUCCUUACAAUCAUCCUGCCUCUUGUACUUCACUGAAUUUUCAUCUCAUUGAUUAUCACCUGGCAGCGUUCAUCACGGUGAUGCUCGCAAGGAGGCUUGUGUGGGCCCUCAUCUCCGAAGCCACCAAGGCGGGUGCAGCAUCUAUGAUUCACUACAUGGUUCUGAUAUCAGCUCGCUUGGUGCUUCUCACUUUGUGUGGAUGGGUACUUUGUUGGACCCUAGUCAAUCUCUUUCGAAGCCAUUCAGUACUUAAUCUCCUCUUCCUUGGCUAUCCGUUUGGUGUUUAUGUUCCUCUCUGUUGUUUCCACCAAGAUAGUAGAGCUCAUCUUCUUCUCACAGACUAUAACUAUGUGGUACAGCAUCAGGCAGUAGAGGAAAGCGCCUCAACUGUGGGUGGCUUGGCCAAAUCCAAAGACUUCCUCUCCUUAUUGCUGGAGUCUUUAAAAGAACAGUUUAAUAAUGCCACACCCAUCCCCACCCACAGCUGCCCUCUAUCUCCAGACCUCAUUCGAAAUGAGGUAGAAUGUCUGAAAGCCGAUUUCAACCACAGAAUCAAAGAAGUUCUCUUCAACUCCCUCUUCAGUGCCUACUAUGUUGCCUUUCUCCCUCUGUGUUUUGUGAAGAGUACCCAGUACUAUGACAUGCGCUGGUCAUGUGAACACCUCAUUAUGGUGUGGAUCAAUGCUUUUGUCAUGCUUACCACACAGUUGCUGCCAUCAAAAUACUGUGAUUUGCUACAUAAAUCAGCUGCUCACCUCGGCAAAUGGCAGAAGCUAGAACAUGGGUCCUACAGCAAUGCUCCACAGCACAUUUGGUCAGAAAAUACAAUAUGGCCUCAAGGGGUGCUGGUGCGGCAUAGCAGAUGUUUAUAUAGAGCCAUGGGGCCUUACAACGUGGCAGUGCCUUCAGAUGUAUCCCAUGCCCGUUUUUAUUUCCUGUUUCAUCGUCCAUUAAGGCUGUUAAAUCUACUAAUCCUUAUUGAGGGCAGUGUUGUCUUCUACCAGCUCUAUUCCUUGCUGCGGUCGGAGAAGUGGAAUCACACACUUUCCAUGGCUCUCAUCCUCUUCUGCAACUACUAUGUUUUAUUUAAGCUCCUUCGGGACAGAAUAGUAUUAGGCAGGGCAUACUCCUACCCACUCAGCAGUUAUGAACUUAAGGCAAACUAAGCUGUCUCUCAACAGCGAGGGAGAACUCAGAUAAAAAUAUUUUCAUACGUUCUAUUUUUUUCUUGCGAUUUUUAUAAAUAUUUAAGAUAUUUUAUAUUUUGUAUACUAUUAUGUUUUGAAAGUCGGGAAGGGUAAGGGAUAUUAAAUGUAUCCAUAAACAAGGUGAUGUGAUCUUUCAUGUGUUAGUACAUUUGAAUAAUACACAUGUGAGAGGUAUGCCUCUCUAGUAAAAAGAUUGAUUUGUUUGUAUGACUCUUGAAUAACUCAUUCAUUUUGAACAAUUUCAUGUAUCA